UUUUUUUUUCACUUCGCCUCAUUAUUAUAUUCAGAUUUGUUUUCAUAUUCUUUUUUUGACCGUUUUCAUUCUCUUUUCUCUCUCUUUUUUUACACCUUAUAUCACAUACGAUUUAUUUAGAUUAUCCUUUAAGAAAAGUACCCACCAUUCGUUGAACUCACUUUUUACAUUCAAAUAACCGACUCACACACUUCUUUGAAACGCAAUCCCCCUCAAUCGUAUCAACACUUCUUUUGUUUUCUAUAUACUUUUAUCUUUUCUUAUUUUAAAUAUAUAUAUAGCUCCCUUCAUUGUUUCUUCUUAUUUGAUUCAUCCACUUUACACUUUUUCUUUAUAUCUAUCACAUUUAUCAUGGGAAAUACCUGUAGUGCAUGUCAAGAUUGUUGUGGAAAACAAAACAAGUCUGGAUUAUAUGAGCCUUUAUUGCAAGAGAAUGAACGCGAAGCUAUUGCCGAACUACUUCAAUACUUGGAAAACCGUAGUCAUACAAACUUUUUUGAAGGUGAACCUUUAAGACCUUUAUCAACAUUGGCUUACUCUGAUAAUGUGGAUUUACAACGGUCUGCUGCCUUGGCAUUUGCUGAAAUCACCGAAAAGGAUGUACGCCAAGUUGGUCGAGAAACACUGGAUCCUAUUUUGUUUUUAUUACAAUCUCAUGAUAUAGAGGUUCAACGUGCAGCAAGUGCAGCUUUAGGCAAUUUGGCUGUCAAUACUGAAAACAAAUUGCUUAUUGUCAAGCUUGGUGGAUUAGAACAACUUAUUCGUCAAAUGGGUAGUCCAAAUGUGGAAGUUCAGUGCAACGCCGUCGGAUGUAUUACCAACCUUGCCACACAUGAUGACAACAAAGCGAAAAUAGCAAAAUCUGAUGCUUUACGUUUACUUGUGGAUUUGGCGCGCUCCAAGGAUCAACGGGUACAAAGGAAUGCAACAGGGGCUCUCUUGAAUAUGACUCAUACACAGGAAAAUCGACAACAAUUGGUGAAUGCUGGUGCCAUCCCGGUGUUGAUUGGUCUACUUAGUUCUGAAGAUGCUGAUGUCCAAUACUAUUGUACCACAGCUCUUAGCAACAUAGCAGUUGAUGCAAAUAAUAGGAAAAAGCUUGCCCAAUCCGAUUCUCGUCUAGUUCAACAUCUUAUUGCGUUAAUGGACACGAAAAGUUUGAAAGUACAAUGUCAAGCUGCAUUGGCAUUACGAAAUUUGGCUUCUGAUGAAAAAUAUCAAUUGGAAAUUGUACGAUGUAAAGGUUUACCUCCACUUCUUCGUCUACUCAGAUCAUCCUUUUUACCACUCAUUUUAUCAUCAGUUGCUUGCAUACGAAAUAUUUCUAUUCAUCCUACCAACGAGUCACCCAUCAUUGACGAAGGUUUUGUGAAUCCUUUGAUCGAACUUCUCUCUUACGAUGAAAACGAAGAAAUCCAAUGUCAUGCCAUCUCUACAUUACGAAAUUUAGCAGCGAGUUCGGAACGUAAUAAACGAGCAAUCAUCGAAGCUGGUGCUGUAGAACGGAUCAAGAACCUCAUCAAUCAAGUUCCUACAAGUGUUCAAACGGAAAUGACGGCAGCUAUUGCAGUACUUGCUCUCAGUGACGAAUUGAAACAACGAUUACUUGGUAUGAACGUUUUGAAUGUGUUGGUACCUCUUACAUCAAGUCAGAAUAUGGAAGUACAAGGAAAUUCUGCUGCUGCUAUUGGUAAUCUCAGUUCAAAAGUCAAGGAUUACACACCAUUUGUCAAGGUAUGGAGCGAACCUGGAGGUGGUUUACAUGAUUUUUUGAUCCACUUUUUAAGUGAAAGUCAAGAUAUUGCUUUUCAACAUAUUGGAGUUUGGACAGUGGAACAAUUCUUGGAAGGUGGAGAUAAGGAAUUGAUAUCGAAACUUUCUCAAUCUUCUGACAUUGUCUCAUGUAUUCGACGUAUUGCCAGUACAACACCUUUACCAAAAUCAAAAGUAGCAUAUGAUUCAACAGAAGAAAAUGUGGAUGAUAUGGAAGGUGAUAUUGUUGGAUUAGCGAAACGUGUGAUGGAUGUUAUUGAAAAGGACAAUACUGACCAUAAUCAACAACCACAACAAGAAAAAGAAACUGACCGACAACAAGAUACGGACAAACAACGAUAAAACAAUUGGAUUAUCUUACAUAUUAUACACAACAACUCUUCCCCAUUGGGUUUUCAUGCCUUUAUACAUUAGUUUCCCCCCAUUUUAUUCUUCAUAUGUUUCAAUCAACAUCGAUAUCCCCCACUUCACCCUUUAGUUAUUUUUUUUUUUUUAUUUACAAUGGUGGUUCUUUGCAAAGUACCUUCAUGGUUUUUCUUCC